GAACUUCUCAAAAAUCCCUUGUUUAUUUGGAGAGGGAGGAGUUGGGAUUUGCGGACAAGACAAAUACUUAUACUUGAACUAUGAAUCAUUAACGACAGCUUUUAUGACAUAAUGCAUAGAUCAGUUCCACAGUUCCAGUCAAGCAACACAUAUCUAUGGUUGCAACAGUGACCAUAUGGUGUGGCCCACAUUGAUUUACUGAAAUAUUUAAUAAUUAUGUUAAUCAUCUCAAAAAGGUUCAAUCUAUGUAAUCGACUCACAGCAAGUUAUAGUUACAGUACUUAUGUAUUGUAUUUUUAUUAUUUUUAUCAUCACUUAGUUUGUUUAAUGCUUUGAAGUAUCAAGGGUGAAAAUUAAAUCAACAAAUGCUGUUAAAAAUAUAGAAAUUGUGGUGAGUACAUUAGCAAUCCCUAGUGGUUCAGAGGGUGCAAUCCCGUUACACAAGGUUUUAACAGGUGCAGAUGAUUCCAUCAUUAGAAUUAGGGAAGUAUGGUUUUUAAUCAUUUACUUUUCAGUCUCCUGCUGAAAUCAACACUCAUCAUGCACACCUUAUUGUGUUUGUCUUAGGCAUACAGUAAUAUCCAUUACAAGUCAGGAUAAAUCAGCAACAUUGUAUCAAUUCUAAGACCAACAGAUUGCUAAUCUACUGAAAUACAGAUCAACUAUUUACCAGACAUGAUGCAACACUUUUCACUACUUUUGAUAGAUCAGGAGCCAUCCCGUGUGUCCAUAAUAACAUACUAUGAAAAAAGGCUAGAUGGGCUAAAGGCUAUAUGGAGCUUAUACACAGGCUUUAGAAUGGGAAACUAAUAGGGUUCUUAUCACUUGAUGUCAAUGACUACAGUUUGGUUACAGAUACAGUGCCUAUAGAAAAUCUACACUUCCUUAGGUUUUCUUCACAUUUUAUUAUGUUAUAAAGUGUGAUAAUUCUUUUUUUGGCAACGAUCUACACAUAUUCUGUAAUGUCAAAGUGGAAGACAAAUGUCAUAAAAAAAAAGAUGAAUGAAAAAUAAAACACUAAUAUACCUUGAUUAGAUAAGAAUUCACCCCCCUAAGUCAAAGCAUGUUAGAAACACCUCUCGCAGCGAUUACAGCUGUGACUCUUUCUGGGAAAGUCUCAUAAAAGCGUUGCACACCUGGAUUGUGCAAUAUUCCCACAUUAUUCUUUUCAAAAUUCUUCAAGCUCUGUCAAGGUAUUGGGGAUCAUAGCUAGACAGCGAUUUUAAAGUCUUCCCAUAGGUUUUCAAGCAUAUUUAAGUCAAAACACUCACUGUGUUCUUGGUAAGCAACUCCAGUGUAGAUUUGGUUAUUGUCCUGCUGAAAGGUGAAUUCCUCUCUCAGUGUCUGGUGGAAAGCAGAUGAAGCAGGUUUUCCUUUAGGAUUUUGCCUGUGCUUAGCUCCAUGCUGUUUAUUUUCAUCCUGAAAAACAUCCCAGUCUUUGCCAAUGUCAAGCAUACCCCUACCAUGAUGCAACCACCACCAUGCUUGAAAAUAAGGAGGUAGUUACUCAGUGAUGUGUAGGAUUUUCUACAAACAUAAGGUUUUGCAUUUAGGCCCAAAGUGUAUUCCUUUGCUGUGUUUUUUUUCUUCAGGAUUACUUUAGCGCCUUGUUGAAAACAGGAUGCAUAUUCUGUAUAUUUUAUUCUUCUUUUUGCUCUAUCAUUUAGGUAAUUAUUGUGGAGUCACUACAACGUUGACCCAUCCUGUUUUCUCCCAUCACAGCCAUUGAACUCUGUAGCUGUUUUAAAAAUCACCAAUGGCCUCGUGGUGACGUCCCUAAGCAGUUUCCUUCCUGUCCUCAGUUCAGUUCAAAAGGACGACUGCAUCUUUGAUGUGUCUGGGUGGUUUAAUACAUCAUCCACAGCAUUACUAUUAACUUGACUAUGCUUAAAGAUAUAUUCAAUGUCUGAUUUGUUAUUGUUGCCCAUCUACCAAGCACUGACCUUCUUUAUUAGGCUUUCAAAAAUCUCCCUGGUCUUUGUAUUUGAAUAUGUGCUUGAAAUGCAACGACUAUAUUUUAGUCAUUCAAUUUUAUUAAUUUGUAAAAAUGUGUAGAAUUUUCUUUUCACUUUGACAUUAUGGAGCAUUUUGCAUAGAUCAAUGACAAAGAAUGACAAUUAAAUCUAUUUCAACCCCACUUUCUAGCGCAUCAUAUUGUGAAAAUAAAGUGAAAGGGAGAGUAGACUUUCUAUAGGCUCUGUAAGUGUUAGCCAUGUCAUACAAUACACUUAAAACACAGAAGAUAUCAUGGAAAUUAUAUACACAUUUCCCCCAGCAGUUCAAGGGUCUCAGAUUUCAAUUUACAGUAAAGUCUAUAUUUACUGAAGAGCAUUUAUGAUAAGAUAAUAUGUAUGUUAAUAAAUAUCUACCCAAAAAUGCUAAUUAGAAUGCUAUUGGAAGAUAUUCCUGGAUAAAUUAAGUCAUAAGAGAGGUUAUUGUUGUUCAUGUGAUCUUCAUGUGAUCUGAUCUAGUAACAGUGUGAAAGAGUGAUUGUGGGAGGUGUAUCUGAUCUGCUCUUCCAAAAAGAGAAGUGUUGCCAACCACAAAUUGACGUUGACACAUUUAAAUAGACCAAUCUCUUUAUCUGACGCUUCGUUUUAGCCGAAAGGUGAAUAUUGGGGCUUACACCACUAUAUAUACACUUGCACAAGUACAUCCAUCUCACACAGACAGUGGUCAGACACUGCUUGCCUUGUCUGAAGUUUACACUCAAAUAUACAAAAUGAUCUCCCUGGAUAAUGACAUCAACCAGCACUUCCAGGAUGCAAUUGAUGUGAUUCAACGGCACUCUGACGAUCCGUAUUGUGAUACAGAGUAUAAGUACUUUGAGCCUCCAAUGCGAUCGAGCAUAAUGUGCUGCUACCCCAUCACCCACCCUUCUGAUGUGCCAGGGCCAUAUGACUGGAAUGAGCAGACGUCAUGGCCUCAUGUUGUUCCUUACGGCUCACUGGGUCCAUCUGUGACCAUGGACUACCCCCAGUUCUACUCCAUCACACCGCCACCGAGGAGCGGCAAAGGUCGCAAGAAGCUGCGUCUUUAUGAGUACCUGCAUGAGGCUCUGGGCGAUCCCAACACGGCUGACUCCAUCCAGUGGACGGACCGUGGCAGCGGCACCUUCCACUUCAUCUCCAAGAACAAAGAGAAGUUGGCCGAGUGCUGGGGCAAGCGUAAGGGCAACCGCAAGACCAUGACCUAUCAGAAGAUGGCACGGGCGCUGCGCAACUACAGCCGAACGGGCGAGAUCGUAAAGGUGCGCCGCAAACUCACCUACCAGUUCAACCCGUCGAUCAUCCAGAGGCUUGGGGGCAUCAAUCACGUCAUUCCCCCCGCCGGGCACCCCGGGGCUGGCCACCCUGGGCGGGAGGUGCUCCUCCACCAGCAGCAUGCCCCAGCUGAACAGGCUUACUAUGGCUCUGCUGCUGCACCUGACUGGCACAACUGGUAUGGACAUUACUCCCUCCAGGGAGACUGUGAUCUUGCCACAAGCUUCACUUCAUCCACAGUCACCAAGGCGUGAACUCAGGUAACGUCACUGUGGAAAAUAACAGAGGUUAAAAGCUGCUUUAGCUAGCUGUCAAUUCAUACGGCUACUCCUGCAUACUUCUGAGGGGGCCUACAACUGGGCCUUGUUAUACAGCCAUUGUGUUAUGGGUGUCAGGAAACAUAACGAAACAUAAAGAAAUGUAAAAAUGUUUACUCUCCGUUAGUUAUGCCAUUUAAAAGAAAAUGUAAUGACCAUUGAUCAGGUAUUGUGGAUCAUUGAAUAUGUAAAUAAUGAAAAUAUAUCAACUUUUUUUUUUACCUAUGAGAACUGUGAACCAGUUACAAGCAUUCGGUGUGGGUACUGUACAUGUAAAGGGAAAUAACUACAAUGUUGGAUUCAAAUAAGAACAUGUAUUACUGCAUGUCAUUUUGUAAAUAAUGAAUUGAAAUCCUUUGUAUCUCACACACAUUGAUGUAUUUUAAUAAAUCAUUUUU